AUUCAACGUAAGUAAAAAAUAACUGGUAUCACAGAGGAGGGACUAAGCACAACGAACCCUAAAGAAAUGAAGAAAACACUGUCUCGACGACCAUCUACUAGGUCUAGCUCUACCACACAAAGACAUCAUGAUAAAAAUGAGAACAACAACAAUGAAGGUCACGACCACCGUUCUUCAUCUUUUAACAAACAACGAAGACGAUCAACAUCAUUAUUGAAGAAAAAAUUGCUUCGUUUUCGUCGCACCAUGCUUCGGUGGAAAGGGUUGCCGAGGAAGCACCACCAAGACCCCGACUUUGAGUGGUCGCCGUCUCAGAUUAUUUACUUAUGGUAGCAGUAAGCUUUUCUCCGUCUCCAUUGACUCGUGAAUAAGUGUAGUGUCAAAAAACAGCUGCAGCUCUGAUUUCCCAAUACUAAGGAUAGUAUCAUAGUCAUAGUGAAUGUCAAUCAUGUAAAAUACUUGUGAUAGUACUUACGUCUUAGUCUCUAAUCCCAACCGCCAUCGCGCUCCCCGUUUUUCUGCUUGUGGUGUACCUUUAUUCCGGUCAUGGUUACCUUUUUACACGAGAAAAACCCAGUGACCGGAACCAUGAGUUCACCUACACCAUCACGAUUCUCUGUCUCUUGCUCUUCUUCCCGAGACGAGGAAACCGUGAGUCUCGGGAAAAAGAGCAGGAGAAUGUGAGUGUUGGGAGAAGUCUGCUUUUCGUUGAAGGGAAAAGUGCUAGUCUCAGGCCGGUCACGACUUACGAUUAAGGCUCAACUUUCAUUGGUCAUUGAGGUUAGUCACUGAGAUCGAAGAGAGGGGCUCCCGUGAGAGAACGGGGGAAAAUGAAGGGAAAACAAAGGGAGAGGCAUGGGGCCCUUUUCUUUUAGAAUCAAUGGCCACUGACUGCUGAUCUUUAAUACGAGGAAGAUGGGGCGAGUAAUGAAAAGAAUCAUGGACCUGCAGCGCAAUUUCCUGUUCCACAGGCCGACAAAGACCACGAGGCUGAAAAGGAAAAAAGCGGGCGCAAUUUAACCUCGGAUGAUGACAAUGCAGAGCCUGAGUCUUCUGGUGAGGAACACGAAGAGCAUAUUUUUGAGGGUGGACGAUUGUCUGCCUCUCCAGGUGGUGCUGGGCCUAACGAUUGUGGUACAGAGCAGUUUGUCAUUGUAAACCCAAGAAACGGCUCUUGUGAAGGCGUCAUAGAAGUAUCGCCUGAUCGUACAGGCGAACCUGGUGCUGUUAGUGAGCAUAUUACGGUGAUACCCACAGCGGGCGCGGUGGAACUGGAUAUGGAGCAGCACACAGCAUUAGACUUUCAACAUCAGCAGGUUACAACCGACUAUGCUUCUGACGUAUCUGACGCAACCACGUUCCUCCAUCAUACGAAAAAGACACGCAAGAAAAACAAACGGUCGCUCUGUUACCAAAAACGAAAAGCUGCGGCGGUGCGAAGCCCUCUCCCGACUGGUUUUGUUCGUUUAGGUGGCGAUGACGAGUUGCCGGAAUUGUUGCCUGGUGAUUUAGCGAUGAAGAAGCGACUCAAUUUGAACAGGAAAAAUGUUGACAAUUCUCAGGAAGGUGUUGAUUCUCGAGAUUCAGGAGCGGUGAAGAACAGUGGUGAAGCCACUUCUUGUGCCGAAGAAGGACCAGACAGGAACCUUGGUACAGGUACUACAAAAGUUGUUGGCGUUCCUCAAGAACAGUCUCAAAGCGCCAAGCCCCGACUUCAUUACCUCGAUAAUCUGAAGAGUUUCUUGAUCUUCCUUGUGGUGAUGGCGCACACAGGCAUUACGUUUGGUCCCAUGUUAAGGCUGCCGCUACAGCAUCCUCAGGAGCGUUAUCUACUCACUCUGUCUCUUUUUCUACUUGUGAAAAAGAAGCCCAGAAGGCUCUCAGGAAUGCGAACGCGGUAGCUCCUCUUCUAAACGUGGGGAAUAAUGAAGCCUGGAUCCUCUUCAAUUUCAAGGACAACUAUUUCGCUUGGGUCGGGUCUGGAAUUAUCAUUAUGUUGGUGGGGAUGGUCAUGCCAGUGUUCUUCUUUAUCGCAGGCUUCUUUACCCCCUCUUCGCUCGAAAAACAGGGUGUCCGGGACUUCAUACGCAAGCGGUUCUUGCGAUAUUUACGGCUAAUACACUACAUUCCUUCGGGGAUACAGUUGUGACUGAAUCCAUCUGCCUGUACCUACGUUUAAAAAUAGUAUUCUCUACAACUUCUUCUCGGAGACAGGAGUGGUCAUUGCACAUGUUAUAGAAAAGACAGAAAUUUUGGUAGAAGGUUGUACUAAGAAGAACUCCUGCUUUUGCAAGUACCUCUAUGUUCGGUAGUGCAUCUCCAGCUCCAGAAAGACAGUUGUACUUUCAGAAACAUGCAUUAUGCUAUCUCAUUGUACUAGAAGUACGGAAUGAAAAGUUCUAGUUCUAACUGACGCCAUCCCGUUGCUGUUAACAUUCUUCCUCCUCUGGCCGCUCCACCAGUUGUUCGUGUUGACAGUGGUCGUUUUUCCUAGGAUGGACCUCACGAGCUACCAGCAACUGUUUCCAGGAAUGAAAGAGCAAGUAGAGCCGGCAGCAAAGGACUCUAUGGCUCGUGAGCAGUUAAAGUAGUUCCUGUCUGUCGUAUCUUCAUAACUACUUGUAAUUCUGGAGGAUAGGAGAAUGAGAAAGCUUUCCAGGAUCGGGAUUCAACUUUCAGUAAUGUGUUUUUUUUCGAACAAGGUAAAUAUACCUCAACACCAGGUAAAUGAGAAUGAAUGAAUGGACGAGCAUGUAAGAAAUAACCUUACUAGUUCCUUCUCUAUUAACCUCCACCUCACCACGGACACGGCUUUCUUACUUCCUUCUCUAACCUCCACCUCACCACGGACACGGCUUUCUGUUGGUUUCUGCAGCUGUUGAUCGCUAUUUGUUUGGGCUUCGCACUGAUUUGCCCAAGAGGUCUGGCAGAUGUGCCUGUGAUGCGAGAAGUCCCGUCUUUUUGGCGCAUGUUGUGGUACAGCAUCUGUCUAGCGGUUUGUCAGGCGUGGAUGCACUUGUGGGACUGCCUGUUGUGGAAUCUGAGUAUCAAUCCUGGUAGUGCGCUACCUACAGCGAUUAGUUUCUUUUUUGCAGGUUGUUUAGCGAAAAAGAACAACUGGCUGACGGAGAACGACACGUUUAUCACGAAGCCUUUGCCUCCCUUUACCGAAGCGAUUAGAAAAGGAUGUAGUGGGUGUCAAGACGUUGAAGCCAGUCCAACUAGUCAAGAGUCUGCUCAGAAGGGACUAAGCCACAAGGAACGUGCUGCAGCAGGCGAAACUGUUGCGGCAGUACGAGAGAUUGAAGAUUGCGUGAGCCAGCAAUUUGUAGAGGACGUCGACCACAAGAAAGGUCAGGAAGGUGACGAGGAGGUGAAUGGCGAUCGUGCCGUAGAAACACAACCCCUCCUAGUGAGGGACGACAUCGAAGAGCGCAUUGAUACGACCGUUGAUAUUUCUGCCAACAACUACAUGGCUACAGAUGAACAAGAUGUUUCAGUGAUGAUCAGCUGUGCAAACGAUGAGGUUGACGACAGCCUGACCGACAGACACAAUACUCCGCAACGGGAACAGGGAAAGGAUAUUUCACCACCAGAAACUAUGGAAGGCCAUCUGCAAUUAGAUUUUGACGCCAUUGAUGUUCCCACCGCGGUGCUUAGAACGAGUCUGAAGAAGAAUUCACGCAGAGCAGAAAGCCCGAGAAGUCAAAUGCUAAAACGACAGCAACAACAACAACAACAAAAGAGCUCCAACUCCACCCGAAGCCCCUUGAAACGUUACCGUGGUGGAGAGGCUUGGACUCUACAUAUCGUAUCAGUGCUUUGUAGUGUGACUCUGUUUAUUAUUGCGCUGGUACUAAAAGCGCCACCCUUUCACGAGGACAAGUGGAAGACGACGCGACCGCAAGAUGGAGCUAUUGCUUAUGGCACCAGAGGAAUUCAAAACGCAUGUUGUUGUUGAUAUGAGUUUCGCUAUAUGAUGUUGUCUACACUGGAUGACGUAGUUGUAGAGUCGACAAGAGACGAAAUCUUGUGAAGUCCUCCUCCCUAACACUGCUUUCAUUCUAGAUCUAGAUCUAGAAGGUUGCAAUGUUUCUACUAAAAACAGAAUUUCAAUUUAUUUGCUUCUGUUGUCUCAGAAGAAAAAGAUUUAUUUUUCAUCAACUCAUCUUCUAAAUCCCUCCUGACCCAGCACCGUUCUCGGAACGUGUCACGGCAGCUGGUCUUUUCGCUGUUGUUUGUCUACCAGUGGUUUGGUUGGCCGUUGGUUUGAUCCGUUUCUUCGCUCAACAUUGUAACAACAACUCUUGGCUGUUGACGUUUCUAUUAUGGCUCACAUAAUUGCAAUUUAUCUUCGUUCAUCUUCGCGACCACAGAGUACAAGCAUUAUUUGUCUCACUUCUGAGUUAGUUUCAUCUUUGAGUCAAUCCAUCUUCAUGGGCACUAAGAACAUGACAAGGAUUCAUCUGAGACUAUGUUAAACAAGACUGCGGAUGUAAAUGAAUUCUUGUUGUGAAGACCGCUAAUCCUAGGAGAAGCGAGCUUCGGUGUCUUCUUUUUUCACCAGUACAUCAUCGAUUGGGUCGUUUACGCAUGGAUGUUGCUCGUCGAGCUUGCCUGUGAACAAGAAGCAGCGAGAAAGAAAGCAAGAUACGCGGAGAACCAUGGUGGAGCUCGGACUGGACAAUCCGCGGCCAGCAAUCAAUCAGCGCAGAAUGAAGACGCAUCCUCGCAUUCCUCAUCUAUUGUUCGAUUUUUGUACCAAGAGCGUGCGAAGGACACUGGCGCAUCUAGAGUAGGAGGUGUUGUAGGUCAUUUACAAGGGGCAACUGCAUCCGGUAGUUCUGGUAUCAAUCAUGCAAAUGAAGGAGCUUCGGGAGGCGACCGACACACAAGGAUUGCGAGCAUGAACGGAGGUGCGACGAGCACAAACGGAAGUCGAGCGAACGCAAUUGGAGGUACACGAGUAUUCAACCACCACACUGAGAUUCCUCCAGCAGCAAAUAGAGGAGCACAACAAGACGCAGAAAUUGCUGGAGAAGGAGAAACGCACGGAGGAGGAGCACAAUAUCUUGAAAAUGAAAAAUCUUUUCUGUGGCACAUGCUCUUCCUGGGAGAAGACGGCUUGCACUAUAGUGAUCAACUAACUGGAGUUAAAACACCAGUAACACGCUUUCAAUUCUUCGAAAGUAACUUAGUGGCACCUUCACCUCUAGGAGGAUCAGGAGGUACAGGACCAGAAGCUGUAGGCGUACCAGGAGAAUCAGGCACAGGAUCAACUUCGAGGACUUUCCAGCAACACCCAUAUCUGACAGCAGGCAAGCCGAACUACGGUAUGCAGACGUCCUCCACAGAAUUGAACUCAGUGGCGAUCACCAUGGGGUUCAUCUAUUGCUUUUUCUUCGUUAAUGCCAUCUGUUGGCCCAUGGCGUACUACAUCAAGAAAAUUCCAGGAGCAAAACAAAUCUUUUAGGUCUGGAGUUUGUUGUGCCUCUGGCGGAUCUUAUACUAAAGGUUAAGCUACUCGCAGAGAGUGCCUGAACCUAAAAUAAUGACUACAUACUAUAGAGACUGUAUAGUAUUCCCUAUAGGGCAGUUGGACGAACUCGCGGCGCCUAGAAUAAACGGAUCCUAGCAUAAACGUGGCCACUAUAGUUCUUUUUUAAAUAAUUGGACUCCUUGCUUUUUAUGUAUUUUUGUUUCCUAGUUAGACGUGCUCCACCGGUACUAUAGAAUACCCUUUCACAAACUGCAAGCUGCGUUCGUUCAGAAAUCAUCUACAUCUAGCGCGUCAUGUUCUCGUACAGCCCUAUUUCAUGACAUGAAAGUCUUGUUUUCAUCAAUUUCAUCUUCUAGUUCUUCCAAUGAUUACAUAUCAUCUGUACUGUCUUUUUGUUUUUUUCAAAUACUUUGUUUCGAGGCUACGUGCCCUGUCUGCGCCUUGUUGCUUCACAUGUACAUUAUCACUCACCUGAAACCUUAUUUCACCUCAUGAUCUAACACUCUUUUGCUUGAGCUAAAGAGUAAAACACUUGUUUUCCUUUCUUACUUCAUUCAUAGCAUAUUUGAUUCAUAGCAUAUUUGCAGCUACAGAAAUCUAACUGCAGGAGCCACAAUCUAAAGACAAGCAUACGCAAUGGUGGAGGCCACUAUGACUAUUUUCUUGACUUUUUUAUUACCUUACGGAUCCAUGGAAACGAUUGUGUCGCGAAGUAUUUGAUUGUGCGCUAUCGAAUUUGAACCGCAAUUUCUAUUUCAUUCACACUUCCUCCAAAAUCUAGCAUAUACUCGAAUUUCUUUCUUCUACUUUUAGAAGUAAACCUUGUGACCUUAAGGCUUCUAGCUAGUGAAUUGGUGGCGUUGGAAAAAGGCAUGUUAGGAGAAAGAUGUUAGAAAAACCGCUAAGACUGUUUUCAUGCUACUAUCCCAGCGCAAGUUUUUCCACUUUUCCUCUCACGGCAUGUCCUCGUAUCAUUCAAGAAGAAU